AUGCCAAGUAUUCGUGGAAAUGUGCGUGUAGCAUUUGAAUUUUCUCUGCCAAGUGUUUGUGGAAAUGUGCGUGUGGCAUUUGAAUUUACUCUCGGCCCUCUCAGGCUACAGGAAGCAUUUGUGGCAAGUGAGGCCUCCGUCUUCAUGAAUCAGCCCCCUCCACAUAUGUCUAGACCAUCAAUUAUUAUCAAGCUCAUUUUGGGGUUGCUGUGGACCAUCACCCACUUAGCAAUCAGCUUUUUAAAUUUAUGGUCUCAUCUGAUUUAUAGUCUAGAAUGCUAUCUUAUUUCAUCUGGAUUGUUGCGAAAGUAUCAGAAUCUUCAUCUGGGUAGACUGAAGUGCUUGGCUAUUGUGGUAGAUAGCAAAGAAGCUAAAAGUACUGUGAAGGUCAAGCAACUGUUAUGCUGGCUCUCAUCUAUGGGUGUGAAGUAUGUAUGUCUCUAUGACAUCGAGGGAGUACUGAAGAGAUCAUUUGAACCUGCUGUGAAUGUUUCAAGAGAUAGGACUGCAGGAGAACAUUUUGGCAUUGGAGCAAACAUCAAAGAUCUACACCGUAGCCAAAGAGAGAUGGUGAUAGACUGUCUUUCUGGUUCUGAUGGCAAGGAGGGUAUUGCAAAAGCAGCCAGUUUACUUUGCUCAACUUACUUCAAUGGUGAUACUCAUGGAGAUGGCAAAAGGAAACCAGCAUUUACAGAAGCUGACAUGGCUAGUGCACUGAAAGCUGUAGGUUGUGGUGGACCAGAACCUGAUCUUCUUCUCAUGUAUGGUCCUGCUAGAUGCCAUUUAGGAUUUCCUGCAUGGAGAUUACGGUAUACUGAAAUUACGUAUAUGGGGCCACUAAAAUCAAUGAAAUAUGGUGCCAUUGUGAAAGCCUUAUAUAACUUCUCAAAGAAACACCAAAAUUAUGUUUUGCAGAUACGCUACACUAACUAG